UUCACAGGAGAGGCAAGGAAGAGAUUCAUCACACGAAAUGAGGGCAAUAACAGCUUUGUUUUUCCUUUUCUGUUUCCUUGCUCCCUCUGCUUUGGCGCAGCUCCGACUUGGGUUCUACGGCCGCUCAUGCCCUCGAGCUGAAUCUAUCGUUGCUAAUGUUGUUGCCAACCGUUUCCGUCGUGACCGUUCCAUUACUGCAGCAUUGCUUCGUAUGCAGUUUCAUGAUUGCUUUGUUAGGGGUUGUGAUGCUUCCCUCUUGAUCGACCCAAGACCCGGAAGGCCAUCAGAGAAAAGCACUGGACCAAAUGCCAGUGUGAGAGGAUACGAGGUCAUUGAUGAAGCUAAGAGACAGCUAGAGGCUGCAUGUCCCCGAACUGUCUCAUGCGCAGACAUUGUAACUCUAGCCACCAGAGACUCUGUCGCCUUUGCUGGUGGUCCAAGGUUCUCAGUACCAACAGGAAGACGUGAUGGAUUAAGAUCAGUCCCCAGUGAUGUGAACUUGCCCGGGCCAACAAUUCCGGUUGGCGCAUCUAUCCAAUUGUUUGCAGCUCAAGGUAUGAACGCGAACGAUAUGGUUACGCUUAUUGGUGGUGGCCACAGCGUUGGUGUUACACAUUGCAGUCUCUUCCAAGAUAGGCUUAACGAUCCAGCAAUGGACCGCACAUUGAAUGCUAGGUUGAGGAACACAUGUCGUUCCCCUAAUGACCCAUCAGUGUUUUUGGACCAAAGGACUCCAUUUACCGUGGACAACGCAAUAUUUGGAGAGAUCCGAAGACAGAGAGGGAUCCUAAGAAUUGACCAAAACUUAGGUCUCGAUAGAUCGACCCGUGGGAUUGUGUCGAGUUUUGCAUCAAGCAAUGCACUCUUCAGACAGAGAUUUGCUCAGGCAAUGGUGAAAAUGGGCACCAUUAGGGUUCUCACGGGACGCUCUGGUGAGAUCAGGAGAAACUGCAGAGUCUUCAACAACGGACGUUGAUUCACAUUUUGUUUGUUAAACCAUUAUUCAUUUUAAUAUUUCGUUUGGUUUUUCUCCGUCAAAUAAAGUUUGCGUGUGCGUAAAAGUAUGUUUUGUAUUUUCCUUAAGAUUCAUCUGUAAGCUGUACUUUGCUAUUCUAUGUGAUCACUCAUGUCAUUCUUUUGUUUUUGGUCAAUCUCAUAUUAUUCUAUAGUGUGCA